AACCCCUUUAUUCUCUCUCUUCUUCAAAGGUUCUCCUCUGUUCAACUUAUUCUUAUAUGUCUAUGGCAUCAACAUCUACACCAAGGUCAUCUUCAGAGCUAACUAUCACAGUUGAAAGCAAUCCUUCCAAAUCACGAUUAUCAGAGCUGGGUAUAAAUUCAUGGCCCAAAUGGGGUUGUCCUCCUGGGAAGUACAUGCUCAAAUUUGAUGCUCAAGAAACGUGUUAUUUGCUGAGAGGGAAAGUGAAGGUUUCCCCAAAAGGCUCGUCUGAGUCUAUACAGUUUGGUGCCGGCGACCUUGUCACCAUACCCAAGGGACUUAGUUGCACGUGGGACGUUUCCGUUGCAGUGGACAAGCAUUACAAGUUCGAAUCUUCUUCCACCCCUACACCUCCUCUAAAUGAUAAUUGA